AUGGAAGCUGCCAUCGAAACAAUCGAGUACGACGUAGCAGAAGAAAACUACGACGAAUUCAUCGAGGUGCUCCGCACGGUGCUCGCCGAGUACGAACCCGUCGGAUACCGCCAGAGCGUGGUGGACUUCCACCACGCGCCGCACCCGGUACUGCCACGGCAACGCAGUCCUCACCGGCCGGCGCGGUGGAUCCACGUCACCCUGCUAGUCCGUAACGAGGGCCACGCAACGACCCUGGCAAUCCGCGACGACAACGUGUACCUCAUCGGCUUCCGGAACCGGCGGGGCCAGUGGUACGAGUUCGGCUUCGGCGGCGGUAGGAGCGCGCGGGUCCUCCCGGUGGAAUGGAACUCCACCUUCCUUGAGUGCGACGUCCGCUACGGCGGCAUCGUCGGCGGCGCCAUGAACCUGGUGGGGCUCGGGCUCGGCAGGUGGUUCGCCAGGGACGCCGUGCGCCGGCUCUCGGCCUACGAGCAGGCUCCAGCGGGCGGCGGAGUCGACGAACGGACCAGGCGGCACCUGGCGCGCCUCAUCGUCAUGGUCUGCGAGGCCGCCAGGAUGAUCCCGCAUUUCGAGACGGUGCUCGAUGGCUGGGACCGCUGCACGGGCGCCAUCGCCGAGCGGCAGGUGCACUUGCUGUGGAACUGGAAGCUCAUGUCGCACGCCGUGCUGCGCUGGGACUGGUGGAACAAGUACAGGAGCGGGACGCGGCGGUAUACGUAUACGUAUGUGUCGUCACAUCCUCCGGCAUGGCCCCCGGAGCUUCUAGCUCCGCAAGUUGAUGUCAGGAACGUGGGACAGGCACUCCAGGUAGUGCAGCUGCUGCUCAACUGGUCGGGCCCGAGGGCACUAGGGUCGUCGCAGCCGCCGCUACCACCUCACGAUACGGCGGCAGACGGUGACAGCGGCGCUGACGACGGCGACAUCUUGAGGCACUGGAACGACGAUUCCACCAUCGCCCACGUCCUCGGGCAACAAGGCCACUGCAUGCUGGAGAUGUUCGGUAUGCGCGCUGGUUUCUACAUGUGCGGCACCAUCUCGGUCUUCGACGGGAUGCGCGGGCAGAUCAUCUACAGCAAGGACGACAGGCCGGACGAGGACGACCUUGGAAGAAGAACCAUGUUGGGCUCACUGGAUCACGAUGAUGAUGGUGACAGUGAUACUCAUCAAUAUGGACGACAUUUCGGCGAGUGGAUGUUCGCCCACCUGCGCUCCAUCUACGAUUGGACUGGGCUUACUGGCUGCUGGAGCCGCCACAGCCAGACCAAGACGAUCACCAGCAAGCGGGAGAACGGGUCGAUGCUGGGUCAUGAUCUGGUGCUCACUGGACCCUACAGGGCCAUCUCCGCGUACGGGGGCGUCUCCAUUGAAAUUGACAGCUCCACGACAGAGACAGACUCCAACGUUGAACUUGGCAUCUCCACGACCAGAGACAGACUACGUCAGAAUCGACAUCUCCAAGAAAGAUGGCCACCGCCGUAG